AUGUCAACUAUCUACGAUACCGAACCACAGCCGACAGCUUCUGUCAUAUUACACACGACAGGAGGCGAACUUGCCGUGGAGAUAUUUGCAAAACAGACACCGUUGACGAGUCGUAAUUUCCUCCAACUUUGCUUGAACGGCUACUACGACAAUACGAUAUUCCAUAGGCUGGUACCUGGAUUUGUCAUACAGGGCGGUGAUCCAACUGGGACGGGAAAUGGCGGCGAGUCAAUCUACGAUGGCGGUGCCUUGGCCGGCGAUUUGGACCCGUGGCCCAUGGACGAACGCCGAGGGCUGAACGCCGGUCCGCAGGGCAUCAACUUCAAAGAUGAAUUUCAUUCGCGGCUCAAAUUUAGCCGACGUGGUCUGCUAGGAAUGGCAAACGAAGGAAAACCUGAUACCAACGGAAGUCAGUUCUUCUUUACAUUGGAUAAGACAGACGAGUUAAACGGCAAAAAUACGAUGUUCGGGCGCGUGGCUGGGCCUACAAUAUAUAACCUUACCAAGAUGGGCCAGGUUGAGGUGCAUGAAGGGACCGAGCGACCACUGUAUCCCAUUGUGAUAAAGAAUAUCGAGAUUGUCACAAACCCGUUCACCGAUAUGCGCAAGCAGGAGCGCGUUGCACGGUACGAAGAGCGGCAAGCUGCCCCGGCCGAGAAGAAAAAGAGCAAGAGGAAGAAAGGCGUCAAUAAGACACUGUUGAGCUUCGGAGAUGACAUUGAAGAAGAUGAGGACGAGGUCGAAGUAACACAAGGAAAGCAUAAGGUGACUAAGACCGGCAAGAGCAAACGUACGGAGUCGAGGCGCGGCGACGGAGAAACACAGUCUAUGACAGUUGUUGGAAAGGCAGAUCCUGAAGAUCAAGCUGCCGAGAAUAAAUCGGCAUUACCCUCCAGAGCAGCACCUCCUGCAGCAACGCCUGGCUUCAGUUUAGAAGACGAUGCCUCUUUGGCAGAGUUGGAGCUUGGAUCUGAGACAUCGCCAAUGGUAAAGUCUGAAUUAGAUAAGACGAACGCAGAGAUUGCAGCUUUGAAAGCAUCUAUGCGGCGGACGGUGCGCACGGAACCUGCCAAUAUUCAGAAGACGAAAUCAGUCUUGGAGAGUUUGACGCCGGCCAACACCGCCCGGGGAAAAAAGCUAAGCAAAAGCCAUGGGCUAUCAAGUCAUGACGAGAAGACUUUGAAACUACUUGGCAGAUUCGAGUCGAAACUUGAGGCCGAAUCGGCUAGUCGUGGUAAAGAAUCGUUGCCAUCGGCGAAUCAACUGAAGGACAGCGGGGAUGGCACUGGCGCAGAGGAGGAACAUGGCGAGGUGUGUGAUCUGCACUUCAUAUCAAAUUGCCAGAGCUGUCGACCGUGGGAUAGGGAUCAGGAGGACAACGGCGAUGACGAUGACGACGAUUGGAUGAUCCACACAUUGAAUUGUGAAGCCGAUAGACUGGGCAAGGACCUGAGCAACCGGAGGAAGGCAGAAGACGAGCUAAUCGUGAUUGAUCCGCGUGAAAAGGCUCAGACGCUAAAGGAAGAGAAGAGGGCUACACGGGAUGCCAGGGGAAGCGACAACGGCCGAGGCGGGAGGGCUUGGGACCAGGCGCGGCAUGCAAAGAUGGUACACGCCUCGGCGCUAUCGGGGCGGGGGGCUAGGUAA